UUACAAUUACAUAGAGAAGCGUGUGUAUCCGUUGUUGGCGUUUGCUUUGUUUUAAAACAGAAGAAGAGUAGCUUCUACUUGUACUAGUCUUCACUCACCCUACACUCUACUCAACUCGCUCUAUAUAUAUAUAUAUAUAUAUAUAUAUAUAUAUAUAUAUUAUUAUUAUUAUUAUUAUCAUCCACAGUCUCUUCUGCUCUUCUCUACCAUUGCGCUAACAACAAAGAAUCUCGGAGAUCGGAAGGUCAUCGUCGUCAUUUCUGCGCUUCAGAUUAAAAACAACCUUAACGCAACCAGGAACAGGGAAUUUCUGUAUUAGGCGUUAGCAAUAUGGAGAGGAGCACUCCGGUGAGGAAGCCAUACACUUCAACAGCAGAUCUGCUUACUUGGUCCGAAACUCCACCGUCUGAUUCCCCAGCUCCUGCUUCAUCUGCCCUUCGUUCUCACCAGCCGUCGGAUGGGAUCCGCAAGGUGGUGUUUGGGGGUCAGGUCACCGAUGAAGAGGUCGAGAGCUUAAACAAACGAAAGCCUUGUUCAGAGCAUAAGAUGAAGGAGAUCACUGGAAGUGGAAUAUUUGUUGCCAAUGGAGAAGAUGACACCUCAGAAGCUGGCAGUGGCAACCCUGCCUCAAAUAAAACUGGAAUACGCAUGUACCAGCAAGCAAUUGCGGGGAUUAGUCAUAUCUCCUUUGGCGAGGAGGAGAGUAUUUCUCCAAAAAAGCCCACUUCUUUGCCUGAGGUGGCCAAGCAGCGUGAGCUAAGUGGAACUCUGGAAAGUGAAGACUCUAUGUUGAAAAAGCAGCUUUCUGAUGCAAAAUGCAAGGAGCUUAGCGGUCAUGACAUCUUUGCUCCACCACCAGAGAUCAAACCCCGGCCAAUAACUCCUCGGAUACUGGAGUUGAAAGGGAGCAUAGACAUUGGAGAACCUGCACCACGUCAUGCUGAUGGAGAUCAUGGCGAUACCAAGUCUACUGGGGAUCCAAUAAUGAAGACGGCAAAGAAGAUUUGUAACCAGAAAUUUGCGGAACUUUCAGGAAACGACAUAUUCAAGGGUGACGCUCCACCUUCAUCUGCUGAUAAAUCUUUGAGUGGGGCUAAACUACGAGAGAUGAGUGGCAGUAACAUAUUUGCCGAUGGGAAGGUAGAAUCUAGAGACUUCCUAGGUGGCGUACGUAAGCCACCCGGUGGCGAGAGCAGCAUUGCCUUGGUAUAAAUUUAUUAGGUCUAACUUAUUUUCUUACUGUCUUGUUUUGUUUUAAUUGAUUUUUAAUGGGAAUGUGUUAUUAUAUUAUUUGACCUUGUAUUCUGGGUUUUGGGGAUUUGUGUUUUAGGUUUCUUGGUGUCUUGACCAAAAAGGACCAUAUAUCUGCUAAUUGGGGGUUGUAUGUCCAUAAUCCUCUGUUUUCCUGU